AUGAAGACUCUUCUGACCAAUCACAGAUUGUUUCCACAACCAUAUUCAUGUUCAGAAUGUGGGAAAUGUUUUACAAAGAGAUCACAUCUUGUUACACAUGAGAAAAUCCACACAAGGGAGAAGCCAUAUUCAUGUUCAAAAUGUGGGAAAUGUUUUACAAAGAGAUCACAUCUUGUUACACAUGAGAAAAUCCACAUAGGUGAGAAACCAUAUUCAUGUUCAAAAUGUGGGAAAUGUUUUAAACAGAGUUCAGAACUUGUUACACAUGAAAAUAGUCAUACAGGAGACGAGCUGUACUCAUGCUCAGAUUGUGGUAAGUGUUUUACAGAUAAAUCAAGUCUUGUUAGACAUAAGAGAAUUCACACAGGAGAGAAGCCAUAUUCAUGUUCAGAAUGUGGGAAAUGUUUUACACAAAAAUCACAUCUGGUUACACAUCAGAGAAUUCACUCAGGAGAGAAACCAUAUUCAUGUUCAAAAUGUGGGAAAUGUUUUAAACAGAGUUCACAUCUUGUUACACAUGAAAAUAGUCACACAGGAGACAAGCUAUACUCGUGUUCCGAUUGUGUUAAAUGUUUUACAGAUAAAUCAAGUCUUGUUAGACAUAAGAGAAUUCACACAGGAGAGAAACCGUAUUCAUGUUCAGAAUGUGGGAGGUGCUUUUAUGACAAAUCAAAUUGUGUUAAACAUGAGCUAAUUCACACAGGAGAGAAGCCAUAUUCAUGUUCAGAAUGUGGGAAAUGUUUUACAGAUAAAUCAACACUUGGUAUACAUAUGAGAAUUCACACAGGAGAAAAGCCAUAUUCAUGUUCAGAAUGUGGGAAAUGUUUUACAGAUAAAUCAAGUCUUGUUAAACAUAAGAGAAUUCACACAGGAGAAAAGCCAUAUUCAUGUUCAGAAUGUGGAAAAUGUUUUACUCAUAAAUCAACAUUUGGUAUACAUAUGAGAAUUCACACAGGAGAGAAGCCAUAUUCAUGUUCAGAAUGUGGGAAAUGUUUUACAGAUAAAUCAAGUCUUGUUAAACAUAAGAGAAUUCACACAGGAGAAAAGCCAUAUUCAUGUUCAGAAUGUGGGAAAUGUUUUACAGAUAAAUCAAGUCUUGUUAAACAUAAGAGAAUUCACACAGGAGAGAAGCCAUAUUCAUGUUCAGAAUGUGGAAAAUGUUUUAGAGUUAAACCCCAUCUUAUUAGACAUGAGAAAAGUCACACUGGAGAGAAACCAUAUUCAUGUUCAGAAUGUGGGAACUGUUUUACUCAUAAAUCAACACUUGGUAUACAUAUGAGAAUUCACACAGGAGAGAAGCCAUAUUCAUGUUCAGAAUGUGGGAAAUGUUUUACAGAUAAAUCAAAUCUUGUAUCACAUGAGAAAAGUCACAUAGGAGAGAAACCAUAUUCAUGUUCAAAAUGUGGGAAAUGUUUUACACAAAAAUCAUAUCUUGUGAAACAUGAAAUUAUUCACACAGGAGAGAAACCAUAUUCAUGUUCAGAAUGUAGGAAAUGUUAUAGAUGGAAAGCAGAUCUUAUUAUACAUGAAAGAAGUCACACUGGUGCAAAGCCAUAUCCAUGUUUAGAAUGUGAGAAAUGUUUUGCUACUAAAACCAGACUUAAUAUUCAUCAGAGAAGUCACAUAGGAGAGAAGCCAUAUUCAUGUUCAGAAUGUGAGAAAUGUUUUACUACUAAAACCAGACUUAAUAUUCAUCAGAGAAGUCACACAGGAGUAAAGCCAUAUUUAUGUUCAGAAUGUGGGAAAUGUUUUACAAAAAAAUCACACCUUGUUAGACAUGAGAGAAUUCACACAAGAGAGAAGCCAUUUUGAUGUUUUAUAUGUUGAAAAUGCUUUGUAAGAAGGAACUAAAAUUCAACAGAUCAGGAAAAACUACCGAAUAUUGUUUUUUAGAUAUGGGAAAUGCGAAAAGAGCAAAAAAUAAUUUUAAAGGGAACCU